GGCAGAAUGAGUGCAUCAAAGGUGACUGUCGCAUGGCGAUGCAGUAAAGACCGUUGCAAAUUGCCAUUCGGUUGUUACGAAGAAUUAUACAAUGUCUCCGGUGUUGAUAGAAGAAAUUCCUUUCUCAAAAGAUUUUCUAUUUCGUCAAGGUAACCGGUGGGUACGGCGACCGACACACAGGCAAAGGUAUCGGCCAGAGAUGCCAGACGAAGCCUCGGGUGCACCGGGGACACCGCAUUCCACAUUCUCACACUAUGCCAGAUCACGCGUACGUGAGCUCGGACGAGUUUCGGACAGUCGACAAAGGCAAACUGACACAUGCCCUCUUUUUCGAUUCUCCGAAGCUGCCCGAAGCAAUUUCGGACCAUCUCGUGGGUGUCGAGAGAGGAAGGCUCACAUUAUUGUUACGAAGAUGAAUCACACAAUGUCCUGGAGGUUGCCAGAUGAGAUACCUUUCUCGAAAGAUUUUCUAUUUCGUCAACUAUUUGAUCGCGAAUCUUGUACGUACACUUAUCUUCUGGCUGACAUCAAUAAUCAGACGGCAGUUAUAAUCGAUCCCGUCAUUGAAUGUUUCGACCGCGAUGUGGCUAUUAUUCAGAAUAUGAGAUUAAAAUUGAAAUAUGCAAUGAAUACGCAUGUACACGCUGAUCAUAUCACCGGAACAGGAAAGUUGAAGUCAGCGUUUACCGAUUGUCAGUCGAUGAUUUCACGCGCCAGUGGCGCCGUAGCCGACGUACUCUUGAAUCACUACGAUGAAAUAAAUUUCGGCAAGCAUUCUUUGCAAGUUAUACCGACCCCUGGCCAUACCCAAGGUUGCGUUACGUAUGUGUGUCACCAGCAAGGCAUCGCUUUUACAGGCGAUGCUCUUUUAAUACGCGGAUGUGGUAGAACUGACUUUCAGGGUGGCUCUGCAGUAGAUUUGUACAGGUCCGUUCGUACGCAAAUUUUUACCUUACCGGAGAAUUACAAGCUGUACCCGGCCCACGAUUACAAUGGUAGAACGGUAACCACGGUGGCCGAGGAGAUGGCCUUUAAUCCCAGAUUAACCAAAUCUGAAAACGAGUUUAUCAGCAUAAUGAACAACCUUAAUCUGCCGUAUCCAAAAAUGAUUGAUGAAGCAGUGCCGAUAAACAAAGUCUGCGGAUUGUAUGAGCUUCUGCCGUUAGAGAAACCAAGCGUAGACGAAGUCUCCCAUGAUGUUUCCGACGUUAAUCCACCGUCGGGGCGUUAAUUAGAUUUCGUAGUCUCCAUGUACAAAAAAACUGCAUAAUAAAAACGGAUUUAAUUUGUGUCUACGGAAUGAAAAGAAAAAAAAAAAAAUUUUUCACUUCGCCGUUCCGUCGACAAGCGUUCAACGGACUGAAUAAUAGCGAACACCGUAGCUAAUUAAUACUUUCAUCCCCUUUAACCUUUAAACGACGCGUCAUCCGGUGGCUGGUAUCAACUAACCGGAAUUAAAAUCUUAUAUUAUGAAACGGAUCAACGUUUCACGCGAUCCUCCCGUUGUCACUGAAAAUGUUUGCCGCGCACUCGAAACCGCGUGGCCCAAUUUUUUCAAUUAAUUAAACUUUUUCAACGCGCUUAUUUUCCAACGAUGAACAAUACCCUGCAAACGCGUCGACUUCCCGUCGUACGUACGUAUUCGUAAGUAUUACAACUACGCGGAACAGGAAUUAACGACACGCGACCAUCUUAUAUAAAUUGCGUUCAAAAGUCGGUCGAGUCGCUACAGGCCGGACUUCGAGCGGCGAUGUGCGUUUGAUUUUUUUCGAAACGUUCGUGAAACGUGACGCAUAGCGAUAAUAGAGACAAAAGGCGGUGUAAUCGGGCGGUUCGAACGGGCUGCCUUGUCGAAACUCGAGACGAAGAGACCCCCAUGGUGUGUCGCUGGUUUCUGCUGCAUAGCUGAGGGUUGAAAUCGAUACCGUUUCCAGGGUAACCGGUGGGUACGGUGGCCGACACACGGGCAAAGUGUUACCAGAGCCAACGAUGUGCAGCAACGUUUGAAAUCCCGAGAUUCCCGCCACGUUAUCGACUGACCACUGCGCGCAUGUGAACGCACCCUCCGGCGCGGUCAUCUAGUGACAGCGUUUGAUUGGUCGAAUCGUUUCAGCGGCACCGGCGCCGCGCUUCACCUCCAUCUUGAUUUCUCGUAAAGCGACCCACCCAGCAGCAGUGUCACAGUAGUACGCUGUGCUCUCGUAUACGGCGGGUGAGUGGUGGUCUCGCAUACUGCAAAUUGUUCCGCCAACGUUUCUGGCGUUUGUUACGAUCAGUGCGUCGUCGUUACCCACGUAGAAGACGGAAGGGAGGCGCGAAACCUUACGACGAGAAACCGGAAAGGACGACCGUGCGGGAAUUUAAAAGGGCCAGGGAGAGAAGAAUGA